AUAACUCGGGGUGAAGUGUGCCUUAUCCACUUCUAGUGUCUUUGCUGCAGUUUGAUUGGUGGAUUCUCCUUAUGGGCGGAAACAAGGCGACAGCCCGGAAGCGACAGCGCUCGUGACCAUUAACUGUACACAAAAUAUUUAGGGUAGUUGAAUCCCGCUAGCUUUCCACACCUGUGACCACGGAGCUGUAAGAGUAGGUACAGUAAACGAGACCAUCGGCUGCCUACACGGAAACAACGAUGCAGACUGUACGAAAGCGUCAAGGCAAGGAUUUACACCUGAAGAGCGCUCCUGGUGUUUCAAAGGAAAAUGUGCCACAGAAGAAAAAGCAGCGCUUCCACUUUGACCUGUGGCUGUGUCUCACUGUGCAGAACUGGAUAUUAGACUUUGGAAGGCCUAUUGUUAUGAUCAUUCUUCCUCUGGAGUGGUUUCCACUGAACAAGCCCAGUGCUGGAGACUAUUUCCACAUGGCCUACAAUGUCAUAACACCAUUCCUAAUGCUCAAGCUGAUUGAGCGCAGUCCGAGAGUGCUGUCUCGCACAGCCGUGUACCUCUGCAUCAUCACGUUCGUCAUGGGAGCCAGCAUCCACCUGGUGGGAGACUCCAUCAACCACCGGCUCAUCUUGAGUGGCUAUCAGCUGCACCUAUCAGUGAGGGAGAACCCCAUCAUCAAAGACCUUAAACCAGCUUCACUGAUUGACUCCUUUGAGCUGCUGUAUUAUUAUGACGAACACCUGGGACACUUAAUGUGGUAUAUUCCUUUCUUUAUCAUUCUGUUCAUCUACUUCACCGGUUGCUUCUCCAGUGGUGAAGAACAGAAAAAGGUUCCUCUUGCUGGUUGGCUGUUGCUGGGACCAAGCGCUCUCUACUAUUGGUACUUGGUCACUGAAGGACAAAUCACUGAACUUUUCCUCCUCACCUUCGUUGCUAUGGUUGCUAUGGUGAUAUUCCAACAUCAUAAAGGACUUGGCCCCGACAGUAACGGUCUGUUCCUGUUCUAUAGUUUCGGUGUUACCGUGUUGCUUGUGGCUCUGUGGGUGGCCUAUUUGUGGAAUGACCCAGUGCUACGCAACAAGUACCCCGGGCUCAUUUAUGUGCCGGAGCCCUGGUCCUACUACACUUUGCAUAUAAAGAAGAGCCACUGAAAGGGUUCACCAGUGUUGUAUGUUUUUAUAAGUGAAAGAAACUGCUCUCUUUUCUUUCUUUUUAAAAAAUGCAUUUUCUCACAUUUUGUGUGGCAGAGACAUUAGCUGUGCUUAACUAUGGCACUUAAUAAAACUCAUUGAUGUGCACUGGUUUUCACUGUUAAACUCAAGGAUAUUCUGCCUCCUGUCCCAGUACUGAGCAGGGAAUUUGCCUCCUUUGUAGAUUUUUAUAUUGACGUAUGUGAAAUGUUUCGCUGUUUGUCUCACUUUUUUAAUGCUUGAAUCUUGUGGCAUGAGAAAUCAUAAAAGAGACCAGCACUGCACACUGUCAUGCAUCAUGUUAUCAGUAUUAGGGUAGAUUUUGCAAUUCUCAUGUCAUACAUGUUUAAUUUACUAAUGCAAAUUGGGAAUAAAUCUGUUCAUCAUUUUUAAAUUAUUUUGGCCAAAUGGGAAUGUGUUAAAAUUAAAGGUAUAAAUACUGGACUGGGAUUUAGCCAAUAAAGACAAAGUGAGCUCCUAUGGUCCUUUAUUUACCUCUCAAUUACCAUUACACAUGUUCUGUUUUACUUAGAAACCAAUCACUGCCUCACGACUGCAACCAGUCAUUCAAAUAUAACUUGUGAAUGUGUUGCAUUUAAAAAUCUAUUGCACAGGACCCUAAGAUCAGGCACAAAUUCAAGCCUCGCUGUUAAUUCAAAUGAAUUAAGUGCCACUUAAACACCUGUGGAGCAUUGACAUUUUGGGAAUGUUUGGCAAUGAAUUAUUUUUAAAGAAUUCACUUAAUCUGACAUAUGACGGUGCCACGAAGCAACCUGAAUGGAAAAAGAGAAAGCUGACCUUGCAUAGCCUCAAAGAAUCCAGUCUAUUAACAGCUGAAUGCUGUAAUAUUGAUCUUUAACACCCCUGAAGAAACAGGUGCUAUGGUUACACAUGGUCCUCUCUUGACUGUCGGAAAAGAUAAAAAGAAGUAGUUACAGUAUAUAAGUAUAUUACUUUAUCUUAAAAUAUGCAUAUUUAUAGAAAUGUAGUUGCAUGGCAAACAAAAAACCCUUAAUAAUAGUUGUUUUUU